UUCGGUUGUCCGGUAGUGUUACAACCCAAUGGGGCUGUUUAGGUUUCGCGUACUUUUUCGUGGAUACUGAGCCGCUGCCUGAACCUAAGGAAUCAUUCAAUCACUAUCAUACGGAACUGGAAAGUCAAUAGGGAGCAGUGGUAUAAAAUACUCGCACAGUAGCAUACACACUAUCAUUACCUUGCUGUCAUUUGUUUAAUCAACACGCAUAGAUUAAAAUAAAUUGACCGAAACGUUAGUAAGUUAGUUAGUUAGAUCCUCCGGCACUUCCUACAGUGCGAAAGUGAAAUUCGAUUAUUUACAUAAACGAAGAAAAAACGGCAAAAUGAAAUCUGCCACAUGUCUGUUAGUGCUAGGCGCUACCGCCCUACUCGGUGCAGUGUCCUGUGCAUCGAUUGCAUCCAAUUUAGUGGAGGCUGCCACCCCGCGAAUCGCAACCAGCGAGCAACUGCUGUCAUCGAUCGUGAAUGACUGUUUCGAGCAAGACUCAGUGAUGAGUUGCCUCAAGGGCAAAGUACUCAUCUAUCUGGACGGUGUGUUGGGAUUGCACGAAGAGCAGGCCCGUGCAUUUGAAGAUCAAAAUGUGGAUAAGGUCAUCUUCGACCGGGUUGCUCGUGUCCUUGCCUCGCACGAGUUCAAACUGCAGCUGCCGGAGGAUACCGUUGUCAGCUACCGAGCUGACAAGGGAAUAAAUUUAGAUUCCCUGCCUUUAGGAUUAGGCGCCGAACCCCGUGGUCACUUAUUGAAGAAGAAACUACUGCUUCCAGUUCUACUGCUACUCAAGCUGAAAAUGAAAGCCCUGAUGCCGAUUAUCGUCGCUCUGGUCGGUCUGAAAGCCAUGAAAGCACUGAUUCUGUCAAAAUUGGCAAUCACUUUGGUGCUUGGUUUCCUGAUUGCUCAACUGGUCAAGAAGUCCGGGCUGGGAAUGCCAAUGAUGUCAAUGAUGCCCAUGAUGCCACCCGCUGCUGAAUACGGUGCCCCUGCUCCAGCCACCACUGAACCACCGUCCAGCUACAACCCAUCUUCCUGGGAACCACAAACUGGAGGACCAUACUCACGCGUAUGGGAACCAUCGACCUCGUCCUCGUCGCACAGUUUAGCGUACAGUUCAUACUAUCCGAGCUCCAGCGGCAACAGUGGGUCAUCGUAUAGUUCCACGGGCUACAACUCUGGCUCAUCGGGAUCUAGCUCAUCUCCUUCUUCGUCGUCAUCAUCAUCAUCGUCUACCUCAGCCCAUGCCUACUAGCGAUACCGAAUUCUAAGCUAGAUUGAAUUGUUCCGACUAGAAGGAAUACACUGAUGUACAGUUAAAUCUCCAAACCAAAAAGUAUGGUAGCACUGAAACAAUCUCAUCGUCCCAUCGACCCCACGGACAACCUUCUUGAUUGGAUAGUCUAAUCAUUCCGAAGAAUGUCCAAGCCUUUGGUGAAAGAAAAAAACAAACCAACUAAAACUAAUAUUUAUUUGCUUCACCUAUCUAUUUAUUGUCUGAGAGAAUGGACGUAUUUAAUAAACGAAAUAUUUUCACAGA